AUGUCCUUCACCAAAGCCAGCCUCACGGCUCUUGCCUUGGGGCUACCUUCUUUCCUUACUCUGGCCCUCGCCGCUCCUUCACCGUCCUAUAACCCGCCCAAACCUGUCAAUGACCCCUACUCCAGGGACUACUGGCCCGCGCCUCGUAAGAUCACGGGUCAGGACCUCAACGGUGCACUUGGUGGUGUCCACAUCCACGACCCUAGUAUUGUGCUCGGACCGGAUGGCCACUACUACGCUUUCUCAUCUCACGGUUUGGCCACAACCUCCCGUGCUUCGAAGAAGAACAGUUUAGAAGGGUACUGGGAGGUCGUCGGCCAAGUCUUGACGCCGCCUGGCAGCAUUGAUGACCCCGCUCGUGCAAACCGUCUUUGGGCACCUGACGUUCACAAGGUCGGCGACACCUACUACUGCUACUACACCGUUUCCGACUUCGGUGUCUCAGAGUCCUUCAUCGGGCUCGCCACUUCGAAGACCCUGCAGAAUGGGUCCUGGACCGACCAUGGCAUGGUUGUGUCUUCCAACAGCACCGACGCUCCCUUCCCGCUGAGCAAGACUAACACCAUCGACGCGGCUUUCAUCCAAGAUGCCAAGACCGGCAAAAACUACCUCAGCUACGGCUCCUGGUGGGCCAACAUCUGGCAGUUCGAGUUAACCAAAGACUUCAAGUCUGUUAAGAUCCCCACUGCCCGCCAGCUGAGCUACACCUAUGACCCCGUGCUGCCAACCAAGGAGCAGGCGUACGCUAACAUGUCCCUUUCCUGGGGUGGUGCAUCCGCCGAGGAGGCCCCGUAUAUCAACUACAACAAGAAGCAAGGCUUCUAUUACCUCUGGUACUCGGCGGGACUGUGCUGCGGCUAUAACCCCGCUGCGCUGCCCCCGGCUGGGGCUGAGUACACUAUCUUCGUCGGUCGCUCCAAGUCGCCCCGUGGACCUUUCGUGGACCGCAAUGGGAAGGAUCUCGCCGAGGGUGGCGGAAGCAUGGUCUACGGCAGCCACGGUAACACCUACGGACCUGGUGGACAGGCGGUGAUUUCCAACUACCACGGAAGCGACGUGCUGUACUACCAUUACAUCAACACGACGUUCGACCCGCUGUACCGGGACAACUUGAAGUUUUUGGGAUGGAAUCCGAUCAAGUAUGUUAAGGGGUGGCCGGUGUUGGUGGAAUAG